AUGGCUGGCGUGACAAGAGCGACAGGCACCCUGCUGCUGGGGUCGUGUUCGACGCUGGCUCGUGCUGUCUCUGCCUCACCUGGGCUGUCGUUCUGCUUGGUGGAUCUGCAACAUGGCGCUGCAAGCAUGAACGGACUUGCCGCGCUCGUCAACAGCGUCAACGGCAACGGACUGCCUUGCAUCACGCGCGUGCUUGAUCCUGGCGAUAUGGCUACCCUGGGCCGCGCCCUCGACCUGGGAAGCAGCGCCGUCGUCGUCCCGGGCGUGAGCACCGCAGAUCACGCCCAAGCCAUCGCAGACGCAGCCAGAUACCCACCCGAUGGAUUCCGCUCGUGGGGACCGCUGCCUGCGUCCCGCCCUCCGUUCACCAUCAGAAACCAGGCCAUCACGCACAUCGGCAUGAUUGAAAACAAGUUUGGCGUGGACGCCAUCACAGACAUCGCAAAGACGGAACUUGAUGCCAUCUACAUUGGACCCACAGACCUCUCCUUCUCCAUCACAGGCACUGCCUCUCCGCCAAAGGAUAACAAACAAGUGCAGGAGGCAAUACAGCACAUUGCCGCAACAUGCCAGGCUGCAGGCAAACCGGUCGGGGUCCACUGCACACACGCACACGCACUGCACAAGCUGGAGAAGGGUACUGGCGUGGCGUUUGACUUUGUCACCGUCGGCAGCGACAUGAGCAUGAUGCAAGACGCCCUCUCAUCGGCAAUUGCACGCGUGCAGAGUGGGGAGGAGGAUGAAACAAGCGCUGAUGGUGGUGGUGGUGGCGAUGGUGGACGUGGUGGGCUGACGGCUGAGGAGGAAGCAGAGCAGCUUGCGCUGUUAGAGCGAGAGUUGGAUCCACAGCGGAUUGCAGCCAUAUUGCAGCGGGCAAUGGAGGACGACGCGUUUGAUGUGAAGACGAGCGGCAGCGCUGAUCGCCGCCAUGGCAGGAGGCCACACUGA